UGCAGAAUCGGAACCAUGGGACGUUCCUGAAUUUCCAUAUAUUCUUUCUUCGUGACCAGUCAUCUGAUAUAUUUUCCAGCUGUCAUCCGGUAUUCGGUAUAUGUUAGACUGAUGAAGUCGAAUCAUCCGUGGUUUAUGUGCCACGGCUGCCGGGCCGCUUGAGUGGCUUGCAGGGCUCGAGCGGGGAGAGACAUCCCUCGGCGCAGUGCGGUGCCUGGCGGACAAGAGCCUGGUUCUACAAAGCCGCAGCAAGCCGACAACUUCCUAUGUACCGUCAUUUCCCCCCCAACUCCGUUGCGAUGCCCGUUCCCAAUUCUGGCUUUCUCUGGCAAUGCAGUUACUAUUCGCGAGAUAGACGAUGCAAAGCCUAUCCUGAUUUCAGGGAACGAUGAACGGUGCAUCAAUUCGUCCGUUGUCGAGGGCACUCACCCGAACGUCUCUCCCUUGGCGUUCAUCCGCCCCGGCCGUCAUCUCCCGUUCGCGACAGUACUCGACCCAUCCUGCGAACGCGAAGCUGAAUCUCCCGACCGAUUAUUCAACAACUCCCCUGUUAGCUCACUCCCCAGAAUCGGCACUGAGCAACCCUGAGUUGCCGCCCGAGGCCCGCAAUGGCACGACGAAACGUAUGAACCUCUUCCAGGCCAUCAACGACGCUUUGUCUACCGCUUUGGCCGAGGAUGAAUCAGUCUUGAUAUUCGGCGAGGACGUCGCCUUUGGGGGUGUCUUUCGCUGCACAAGCAAGUUGGCCGAGACGUUCGGGGGCGACCGCGUCUUCAACACGCCUCUCACGGAACAGGGCAUCAUGGGCUUCGCGAUUGGCGCCGCGGCCGAAGGCAUGCGGCCCGUCGCCGAGAUACAGUUUGCCGACUACGUCUAUCCGGCCUUUGACCAGCUAGUCAACGAGGCGGCAAAGUUCCGCUACCGCGACGGGGCCUGCGGACGGAGCGCGGGCGGCCUGACCGUCCGGAUGCCGUGUGGUGGUGUGGGCCACGGCGCUCUCUACCACUCCCAGUCGCCCGAGAGCUUGUUUACACACAUACCCGGUCUGCGCGUCAUCAUGCCCAGGUCGCCACUUCAGGCCAAGGGGUUGCUGUUGUCGGCGAUCCGCAGCAACGAUCCCUGCAUCUUCAUGGAGCCCAAGAUACUUUACCGGGCGGCGGUCGAACAGGUCCCGACCGCGCCGUAUACGCUGCCGCUAUCCAAGGCUGAGGUGUUGAAGCAGGGGUCAGAUGUGACCAUUGUUUCCUACGGUCAGCCGCUCUACAAGUGCAGGGCGGCGCUCGAGCAGGCUGAGCGCGAUCUCGGCAUCUCAGUAGAGCUGAUCGACCUCCGAACAAUCUACCCUUGGGACAAGGAAUGCGUAUUCCAAAGCGUCCGGAAGACGGGGCGAUGCAUCGUUGUGCACGAAGCCAUGGUUAAUGCUGGCGUUGGAGCCGAAGUGGCGGCCGCGAUUCAGGAAGAUCCCGAAACCUUCAUCAGGUUGGAGGCUCCCGUCGCUCGGGUUGCUGGAUGGAGCAUACACACUCCGCUUUUGUAUGAAGCGUUCAAUGCUCCCGAUGUUGCUAGUACGUCUCCCCGUCUGCUAAGGGGUAUGGUCGUCGCAUGCUGACUUCAACAGGAAUAUAUGACCAUAUUAAGAAGGUGCUGAAUUAUUGAGCGAAGGCAUGAGGAGGUAUACCUAAAGAGAGCA